AUGGAUGUGAAACAAGAGACCUGUGAUGUGGACUCAAAUAUCAUGGAGAAAGCUAUAAAUAUUAAGGAGGAUGACUGUCAGUGGGAGUCCAUCUACCUUAAACAGGAAUGUCUGAGCAUCAAGGAGGAGGACAGUGAACUGCAGCCAGUGAGCAUUAAAGAAGAACCAGAAGAGAAGUCUGUCAGUAUUGAGACACAUAAACAUACAAAUCUGGACAGUAUAAAAGAAGACCACUGUCAUGAUGGGUGUCAAGAUGGAAUGGUGACCAGGUUAGACUCUUCUCAUAGCAGACACUGUUCAUCUCCAGAGCCUUCUAUCAAUGUGAAGUCUGAAUCAUUAGAGUCUGAACCAAUGAGGGCUGAGGAAACUGCAUCUGUUAGAGCUCAGAAAAAUAAGCGACCACCUUCAAAGAAGUCUGGAAAAAGAAAGAAAGAUCACUGCAGUGUGGAAUGUGGCAGAGAAUUCACUAACAGGAGUGCUCUUCAGAAACACACGAGAGUUCACACAGGAAAGAAGACAUAUUGCUGUAAUGAAUGUGGUAAACAGUUUUCAAAAAAAGGCGAUCUUCAGAUACACACUAGAGUUCACACUGGAGAGAAGCCGUAUUGCUGUAAUGAAUGUGGUAAACAGUUUUCAAAAACAGGCGAUCUUCAGAUACACACAAGAGUUCACACUGGAGAGAAGCCAUAUUGCUGUAAUGAAUGUGGUAAACAGUUUUCACAUAAAGGCAAUCUUCAGAAACACACGAGCGUUCACACUGGAGAGAAGCCAUAUUGCUGUAAUGAAUGUGGCAAACAGUUUUCACAAAAAGGCCAUCUUCAGAUACACACGAGAGUUCACACGGGAGAGAAGCCGUAUUGCUGUAAUGAAUGUGGUAAACAGUUUUCAAAAAAAGGCCAUCUUCAGAUACACACGAGAGUUCACACUGGAGAGAAGCCAUAUUGCUGUAAUGAAUGUGGUAAACAGUUUUCACAUAAAGGCAAUCUUCAGAAACACAUGAGAGUUCACACUGGAGAGAAGCCAUAUUGCUGUAAUGAAUGUGGUAAACAGUUUUCACAUAAAGGCAGUCUUCAGAUACACAUGAGAGUUCACACUGGAGAGAAGCCAUAUUGCUGUAAUGAAUGUGGUGAACAGUUUUCACAAAUAAGCAGUCUUCAAACACACACGAGAGUUCACACCGGAGAGAAGCCAUAUUGCUGUAAUGAAUGUCGUAAACAGUUUUCACAAAUGCGCAGUCUUCACAAACACAGUAGAGUUCACACUGCAGAGAAGCCAUAUUGCUGUAAUGAAUGUGGUAAACAGUUUUCACAAAUAGGCCAUCUACAGAAACACACGAGAGUUCACACUAGAGAGAAGACAUAUUGCUGUAUUGAAUGUGGCAAACAGUUUUCACAGAUAGAGAAUCUUCAGAGACACACAAGAGUUCACAACAGAAUAAAAAGGGUAGCUGUUCAAAAAUCAGUCUAGAAAAACAAGAACCUUUCAGGACUCAAGAGUGAGGUUCAGUCGUGUCCUAAGAAGUAAGCAAACUAAACUACUGUUGAGAAAUGAAUCUCAAAGAGAAGCCAUAUUGAUGUUUGGAAUGUGGCAAACAAAUCUCUGAGAGCAGUACACUUCAGAGACGCACCAGAAUUCACACAGGAGAGAAGUACAACUGAACUGUCCUGACUAAAGUGUGAGGUUCACUCCUGCCUGGACAGUAA